CAGAGAUGCAAUGAUAGGGAGAGAGAGAAAACAAGAGGCAGAGACAAGAGGACAGGCAGACAAGAGCCCAGAAGAGUCCACAAAAUACAGAAAGAGAGGACAAGGACUAAUAGAACAAAAGAGUGAGGGCAGGCUGAUUGCUGCAAGGAGGACGGGGAGGAGCAGGCACUCUGAAAAGGAUGUGAGAAGAAAGAGAAGAGAAGAGGAGACCGCACGAUACAUGACUCAUUCAAAGACUGGAGUGAAAGUUUCAUGGAGGAAAAACACACACUGGACUGCUGUACUCUCGCACCUCUCUGCACAUUCCCAGAUUUUUAAACUGAAGCUGUGCUCAAUCUCCCACGGAAAGAAUAUUGAUGAGCCUGAUGAUUAACCGUCAUACACGAUGACCACUUCAUCUUCUGCCUCUUAUUUAACCUUUGCUCCACCAGCCUCUGCAUCAUCUAACUCCUCAAUUCCCAUCCCUCCUACAUCUCUUGCCAUUUCCACGUCAUCCUUCGUCUCUGCCACCUCCCUCUCCCCUCCCUACUCUCUUUUCACCAUCUCCACCUCCACCUCAAACCAGACUAUACCAUGUUCGUUUGAUGACCCUCCCCUCCGUGUGCCACUUGCAGUCCUUUACUCCCUGUUCUUCAUCUUUGGGCUCCUGGGUAACCUCUUUGCCCUGUGGGUAUUCCUUUUUCUACAUAAAAGCCGUAACUCUGUGCGGGUCUUCCUCAUCAACUGCGCUGUGGCUGAUCUGGUCCUGCUGGCGUGUUUGCCUUUCAGGGUUUUCUACCAUGUUAAUGGAAACAAAUGGGUGCUGGGAUCUGUGGCCUGCAAGAUUGUUGGGAAUCUGUUCUACAUGAACAUGUACAUAAGCAUUACAUUGCUGGGGCUCAUCAGCUUGGACAGAUACUUGAGGAUAAAUGGGAAAGGCAGAGCGAGGAGAGGCAUGAGGAUGACGCUGUGGGGGCACAGUCGUCCAUGGAGCUGGGUGGCAUGCAGCGCUCUGUGGGGUCUGUCACUGGUGGCGCUGGUGCCCAUGAUCGCAAUGGCAGAAGACAAAGAGAGCAGUGACAAAUGCUUCCAGUAUAAGCAGCGUAACAGCAAAGCUACAGGGAAAGCCUACUUCAAUGCAGGGCUAGUGGCGUUGUUCUGGCUCGUCUUCACCAUGCUGAUGGUCUCCUAUGCAAAGAUCGCUUUGCAGUUGUUGAGGGUGUCAAGGGACAAGCCUGACCUUCCCAACGCACAGAGAUAUAAACGGACUGCCAAGAAGUCCUUCUUUGUCCUCUUCCUGUUCACCGUCUGCUUUGGGCCCUACCACGCCUUCCGACCCGUCUACAUCUCAGCCCAGCUCAGCGGUAAGGAACCUUGUGACUACUUACACCGUGUGGAUCGCACCAAUGAGGUGAUGCUGUUACUCUCUGCCUUCAAUAGCUGUUUGGAUCCUGUCAUGUACUUCCUGUUAUCUGGCUCAGUUCGCAAAACCGCCCUCAAAGCACUGGGGCACCACUUUGGCAACCGGCUUCUCUUCCUAAACGACGCAACAUCUAACAGCUCAACUACAGAGUUCAGACGACCAUCUGUGCCUAUGGCCUUACCCAACACUCCCUCAGUCACCCCUAGAACAAGUAUCUGUGUCAUCAACUCCACCCUGCACCGUACAGGACUAACCACGGUUCCACCUGCAAGCCAACAGUGAUGACAAAUAAUGUAAGCCUGAAGACUGGGGAAAUACAAAUUUGACAUUUCUAACAUGGCAAUUCUCUGUUAAACGAACUAAGCAUUUCUAAACAAAUCGCCUACCAUUGAAAAAAUCAUUGUGCUUUGUUUAAAUACUUAGGUGUUCUUGCUGUGUUAGCUUCUGAACGUCAGUGCUUAGUGGGAAUCGUUGUUUCAAUUAUCGUCAAAUGUGAGUGUGAAAAUAAUGUGUGAGGUGAUGCAGUCCAGUAACUACUGUGAGUACAGCUUUUCUAAGAGUACAUGGCCUGUAUUUCCCAUCAGAGAGUGCGACAUUGUUUCUAAAAGAAGUGUGUGUAAUGUGUUUGUAAUAAUGGCUUAAGUAUCUGAUGAAAAAUGUUAAGUACAUUUUACUCUUUACUCUCUUUUGAUGUCUAUUUGAAUUAAAAAAAAAGAUGCUUUGACAGACAAAAAUGCAGACCUAUAAAUGUGUUGUUUCUGUCAGCUUAACUUGGUCUGAGGUCCUCUUAGACUCUAAUGUCUUGAAUGUGUUAAAAAAAAAAAAAAAAAAAAACUACCCAUCUAUUGUUAGCAUACACAAACAGCAACAGUAAUGUGCAACUACUAUUUAACCCCCGUUUGACCCAGCAGCACACACAGCUAUUAGUUUAAACACUGAAAACAAGGCUGUGUUGAUCCCUCUGGGGACUGGUGUGAGGAUCAAAGGCCU